ACAGAAAUAGACACCGAGAGGCUCGAGUCGAGGCUACAGCGCCGUGUGCUUUCCAGUGUCUUCUUUAAACACUUUUCCCCAUAUCAUUUAUUUUGCAUUUCCACAAAAUGGUCAUUAAAGUCUUCCUGGCAUCCUCCUCAGGAUCGACGGCGAUCAAAAAGAAACAGCAAGAUGUUGUCGGGUUUCUUGAGGCCCUUAAAAUCGAUUACACACAGUUUGACAUUGCUUCAAACGAGGACAACCGGAUGUGGAUGAGGGAAAAUGUCCCUGGAGAAAAGAAGCCCACCAAUGGAAUUCCUCUUCCUCCACAGAUUUUCAAUGAGGGGAUGUAUUGUGGGGACUAUGACACUUUCUUUGAAGCCAAAGAGGACAACUCAGUUUAUGAAUUUUUGGGUCUGACACCUCCACCAGGAUCUAAGGAGGCACAACAAGCUGAAAAUGCACAAAAGCUUCAUAAUGGAUCUGGCACAGAGGAACAUCUUGAUGAUGACACAACAAAAAAAGAACUCGUAGAGGCUGAGCAGAAUGGAGAUGCACACACAGCAGAGCUGGAAGAAGACGAUCCAGGCAAGAAGGCAGAGACAGAUGCUCAAGAAGAGAACGCCGAAGAGGAGGAACCGGCAGAAGAAGACGAAGAGAGUAGAAAGGUAGCUGAGGAGGAAGAGCAGGAGGAAGGAGAAGAGGACAGGGUUGAGGACAACCAUCUUGUCUCAGAGGAAGACUAGUGCUCUGAAGCUGAGGAUUUUGGACCUGGAUUUUCCCACACAGCUUGAAGUGACACCCCACUUGCCCUGGAGCCAUCAAAAAUCAUCCACAAAAACCUUCACCAAAAAUGUGACACCAGUGCACUGGAGAAUAUGCACUCAGGACCCCGACUUCAAGCCCCCAUGAAAACGGUGCCUUUUUGAGGUUGCAAAAUGCCUUUUUAUGCUAGAGUUGCUUCAUCUUAAGUGGCAAGUUUCAAGUGAAUUUAAAGGGAUGUGUUUUUCUUACUGUACAUAUAGAAACUAGCUUAUUGUACUACUUUUAAAACGAAUAUUUUGUGACUUUGUUCUAUAGAAUCCCAAAUAGUUGUGCCAAACCACUCAAAUGUGCCAAACUAAUACUUAUAAAACAAAUACUUCUCUGUGUGUCUUAUAUUGUACAGUACAGUACACUACCAGUCAUAUUUUGGACAUACUUUGCCACAGUGCUAAAUGCUAAAAAUAGACUGAACUCAUAGGAAAUUAAUAGUUAUAAACUUUCAGAUGGUUGGAGGAAAAUCCCAUAUGUUGUGUUGUGAAAGACUGUGUUCGAUCAAAUUCGUCAAGCUAAGCUAGCCAUAAGCUAUCUGUUGUAGAUGCUAACAUGAGCAGGUACUUGAUAUCCCCUUCUUAUCGAAAACUAUGAACAAAACAAGGUUUACAGUGUAUGAACACUGACCACAGUUUGUUUUUGCUAAUACCAUGAAACUUGACAGAAUUCAAUUUAAAGAGCCAAUAUUAUCCAUCAUAUUUGUAACAAUUAUUUCGCAUAUUGUUGAGCCUACACAGCUCAUGGUCAUUUUAAUAAUAUGAAAUGUCUGAUUGUCGUACAGAAUGAUUGGUAAUUGCCUAAACAGGUUUAGCUAAUUGCAUAUGAAAUGAGGAACGCUUUUUGUUGACUUUUAAUACAACAAAUUAGUGCUGUUAAACGAUUAAUCGCAAUUAAUC